AUGUCGAACCUCCUCGUAGAACGCGAGCUCGAUUUCGGCAAGCCGAACCUCGACGGCGUUGGGAUCUUCUACAUCACCUUCGCCAUAGUGUGGACGCUCAUCGUUUCCAUCGGUCUCUGGCUGCUCUGGCGCAACCGUCGCAAUGCGGCCAUUCGCAUUCGCAGCUUCACCCUCACGGCAGCGGCUGUGUUCGCGCUUCACGUCUACUUUCUCUGCGUCAUCACCGUCUACCCGGAGAAUGGACUGUUCAAAUGUGGGAGCGAGUUCUGGGUUAUGAGCAUCUGGCUUCCCUUCGGCAUCGGACUGUUCCAAGCUGCCAACAUGCGUCUACUCGCGUACUACGAGGCUCAAGAAUGCUUGAUGCUCGCAGAGGCUCACAAUCGCGGCAAGAAGCGUCACCAACAUACGCAGAGGAACACGUAUGAGAUCUGGAAGUCCUUCGACAAGCUGCAGAGGACCUACGCCUUGAUUGGCUUGGGGCUGCUUGUUACGGUAAUCAGCACGUUCAUCAUGUUCUUCGGCUCUCGUCGCUUUCACCGUUCAUACGGAUUCUUCGGUACUCAUGUACCGGCAGCAGCAUGCCGGCGCGGCUAUGAGUGGCUACCGGGCAUCAUCUGGCAGCUACUCUACUCGACAGUCUUCGGUCCAUAUAUCUUGCUCAAAACGAGGCACAUCCACGACACGCAUUAUUGGGCCUGGCAAACCCGAAUUGCAGUCAUCUCCGGAGCUCCAGCUACUCCCCUUUGGGUCGCGUUCACGUACAGUGAUGGUCCAUUUGUUAAACAGUUUACUCGAUGGAUACCGGCUGCUGGAUGGUUCAUCCCAUGCCUUCUAGUGAUGCAGUCGUCGCUCAUCUUCUUUCCCCUCCUGGACGCUCGCAAAGGACAGAAGUACAAUCGCCGUAUGUCCGACCGUUACAGCACUGAAACCCGCAAACUCACGAUGCCGGAUAACCACAAGAACCGUGAUCUGUACAGCAUGGCGGCGCUCGAAGUGCAGAUUGCCAAGAACAUCGAGCCACUGCUUCGAUGGAGUGCCCGAAAGGAGUUCACCGCCGAAAACAUCGUCUUCCUUAAGACUGUCCGCGACUUCAAGCGGAAGUGGCAGAUGGCGACCAAGAAGGGCCCCCUCGACAACGAACAGUCCCAGGAGCAGUAUGCGGAAGCCGCACUCAUCUAUUUCACCCUGGUUCAUCCAUCCACAGCCAUGUUCAAUAUCAACAUCGACUCGCGCACCUACAAUGAGCUUACUGCGUACUUUGCCGAUGUGCAGUAUGAGCCGCUUCUAGAAGCCUCAAGCCCGAAAUCCGAGAACGUCGUCACCCCGUGGUCAGAUGGACUUUUCUCUACGCAGUCGGACGAGCACAACCUGCUCAACGAUGUCGACCGGAAGUAUCCGAUGCCGGUCACGGAGAUCACGCUUUCGGAGAUGGGGACUUCGGCCGCGAGCACCGCGGGGACGGCAGACACAUCUGCCUUGAAAAUACCGAUCGGCUUCUCGGUGGACGUAUUCGACAGGGCCUAUGAGUCUGUCAAAUAUCUCGUGUUUACAAACACGUGGACUAGAUUCAUCGAUGCCGCCGACGCUUCCAGCGUAGCUGACUCAGAGGCAAGCGGCUACACUUCCUCCAGCAGCGGUCCGAAGAGCCAUUUCAGCCUGGGAAACUAG